AUGAAGUCUAGAGCAGUUAAACUAAGCCACUCUGAUUAUGUAGAGGAAUCUGUGGCUCUUUUAAAAAAUAUUUUGAUUGACAAUUCUUAUCCAGAAAAAAUCAUUAAUAGGUUUUUGUUUCAUACAGCUAUAGUGAACAAUAAUAACCAGCGACCUACAGCACAACAACUACCUAAUAUCACUAAUACUCCUCUUGAACCUAACCGAGUGACAGAGGAUCAAAAUGGACAACUUGUCAGUUAUUUCUCUUUACCUUAUAUAGAUAAUCUUACAUAUAAACUGGCAAACGUUUUCAGACAACAUAAUAAUAUUAAAAUUGCUAACAAACAAGUCAAGGCUCUCUCUAAACUCUAUUCGAGAACUAAGACACCACUUCAAAUAAUGGAAAAUUGGAAUGUUGUGUACAGGUUGCAAUGUAGAGAUUGCGAUUUGUCUUAUAUAGGCCAAACUUCUAGAAACUUAAAAGGUCGUAUCACAUCUCAUAAAAGUGACUGUAGAAGGGGCGUUUUGUCAUGUGCAUUGUCGGAACAUGUUAACAAUUUAGACCACAGGAUAGACUGGGAUGGUGCUGAGAUUCUGGAUAGAGCUGACUCAUUUUGUAAAAGAACUUUUCUUGAAAUGGUUCACAUAAAUUCACAAGUUAACACCAUGAAUAAAAGAAGUGACACCCAGAGUCUUAGUGUCAUUUACGGUUACAUUUUAGACUUGUACAGUGGCAAAUAUGGUUCAUUGCGACAAGUGGCUACUCAAGGUUCUCAAUAG